UCAGUCUAUAAAUACCAUCUUCACCAUCAACAUCUCAUCGCAUACAUCCAAUAUAUAACCUUCUGUAUUUCCAGUUUAUCAUUUCCAAACACCAAAUCUAACAUGGCUGCUUUGAUUCGUGAAGAUGAAGUUGUUACUGCAAUCUCUCCUGAAAAGAUGUUUAAGGUCUUCGUUCUCGAAGAUUCUGUAAUUAUCCCUAAAAUUAUUCCCGUCAUUAAGAGUAUUGAGAUUAUUGAAGGAAAUGGAGGCCCUGGAACUAUUAAGAAGACUACCUUUGUAACUACCUUUGUAGAAGGUAGUGAAGUUAAGUAUGUGAAAAAUAGAAUUGACGCAAUAGAUAAAGAUAAUUUCAUAUAUAACUAUACUACAUUUGAAGGCGCACUAUGGAACGAUACAAUAGAAAAAGUCUCUUAUGAAAUAAAACUAGUGUCUGCUCCUAAUGGAGGAUCCAUCGUCAAGAGCAUAGGCAAAUACUAUGCAAAAGGCGACGCUAAGAUUGAUGAAGAAGUAAUCAAGGCUGGGGAACAACAAAUAUUAGCAAUGUUCAAAGUUAUUGAAACAUACCUCUUGGCAAAUCCUGAUGCCUAUUAAUUCAAACUAUGCGAAGGAUGAUGCAUUUUGAUGGGUGCAAUUAAUAAAACUAAACUAUCGUGCUUUUUUUAUUUUUCUAUUUGGGCCAAAACUGUAUAAACAGCUUUUGGUUUGUCUCGUAAUAAAAGUUUAAAAUUCUUCUGUGUGCAAGACUUGUACCGUGUGAUUGAAAUGUCGAUGUAAUGAAUUCAUAAUAAAUAAAUUCGAAUAAUUCGAUUUUCUAUUGAACAUUGAA